ACCAUUGAUUCCAGCUAGACACAACCUAAAAAUUUCCCAUUUCCGCAUUAGUGCUCGACCCUUAGGGUCGAAAACUGUUUUAAGAUGAAGAUCACAAUUUUAAUGUGCUGUUUAACAGGGGCAAUGUGUUAUCUUCCUCCAGCCAAGGAAAAUCUUCUUUCUGGGCUAUUUCUUCGAGACUUGGUAAAUAGAAUCAAUGGAAAGGGUAUCUCAGAAGGAGAUGGAGUAUCUUACUUGGAUUUUACCGAUGGAAUGCCACUAGAUGGGCGCUCUUUAUCUGGUACCCUGGAAGAAGAGCAAAUGUUUCCAAUGGACUAUGAAGCAAUGGGUGAAAUUAACAUGCACCCAAGCAUUCGUGAUCAAGAAUACUUGCAGCAUAGCACAUUAUGGGGAAAACAGAUUUUACAAAGAAAACUAUUUUUUAUUAUGGAUUUUAUUCCAAUUAGGGCUGCAUGUUUUAUGGGAAGAAAAAUGCUUGCAAUAACUCCGGUAUAUCCAAAUAUUUCAGAUAUUUCCGAUUUAUCUGAUUUGGAAGAAAAUCAUUUGCAACACGAAAAUAUUUUUCAGAACUCUGAUGAUAAAGCAGGUCCAAACAAUAUGGUUAUACAAAAAAUAGAUGAAGAUAGAGAAGCUGAUGAGGAAGUAGCAAUCGAAGAAGACGAAUAUUUGAAUGGAGACAGGGAUGAAAAUUCAAUACUACAACACAACGGAUUUAAGAAUAAGAAUGUUCAUAAAGGCGAAUCCACUUUGCCAGCUUAUUGCAGUCCACCGAAUCCAUGCCCGAUAGGAUAUACAGAAUAUUCUGUAAAGGACUUUGACAAAGUUUCUAUAAUGGUACUUAAAUUUGAAAAAGUCAAUGCCACAAAAACAAUCGUAUCAUUAAUUCAAGAGAAGGAAACGCAGCUGAAGAAUAUGAAGUAG